GUGGUAUGGGACGUGGUGGUAUGGUCGGCGGUGGUAUGGGAGGUGGUUCUAUGGCAGGCGGCAAUCCGGCUAUCAUGCGAGAAUUGCAAUCUGAUUUAUGGAUUGAAAAAAAUAUUCCUGGUGGAUUAAACAGUCCAUUGGGUGAAUAUUAUGAUAAUAUGAUGGGUGGAAAUCCAAAUCCAACAUAUGGUCAAGUUAUUGGAGGUUAUCCUGGAGUUGGAGGUACUUUUGUACUUGGAGGUUUUGAAGGAAUUGGAGCUAGUGGCGGUUCUGCUGGUGGUUUUGGUGGUGGAUAUGGAAAUUCGUAUCAAAGGUACCAAAUCAACUAAUAAUAUAUGGAAAAAAAGUUCGGUGGAAUUUUCCUAUCGAUAUAAAUAGAAUAAUUUCUGAGAACUUUUUUCGAUAUAUUAUGUCAUAAGAUGCAGCGUGCAAAGCUCUACAAUUUACAUAAGAUCACUUAUUUUAGGGUUGCACCUUUUUCGUUUGAAAACAAACAAAAUUUUGAGCAAGCAAAUUUCGUCGAUGCGAGAACCAUAUUUUUUUGGUAGAUGGCAAGUUCGUUUUUCCUUAUUUCAUCUUUCAUCAUCUGAUAUGUUUUACUGAAAAAUACCAAAACGUACAAAACGAUACAGCGUGGAAAACUCUAUAAUUUACAUAAGACAGCUCUUCUUACAGUUGCACCAAAAAAGAUAAACCCGUCAUGUAUCAAAAAGUCUUUUUUGCAGUGUCGAAAUUUGGUUUCUUCGUGUUCGGUGGCUUUUGAAAACCAAAAGUGCAACAGUAAGAAAAGCUGUCUUAUGUAAAUUGUAGACUUUUUCACAGUGUCUCUUGUGGUAUUUUUUUUUUCAGUAAAACAUAUCAGAUGAUGAAAGAUCAAAUAAGAAAAAAGGAACUCGUCAUGUACCAAAAUAAUAUCCUUUUCGCAUGGUCGAUAUUUGCAUGCUCAAAAUUUUGUCUAUUUCGAAAAGAAAAAGUGCAAGCAUAAAAUAAGUAGCCCUAUGUAAGUUGUAGAGCUUUUCAAGCUGCAUCUUAUGAUAUAAUAAAUGGGAAAAAGUUCUCAGAAAUUAUUCUAUUUAUAUCAAUAGGAAAAUUGCAGCGAAUUUUUUUCCCAUAUCUUAGAAGCAUAUAAAAUAUAUUAAGCAACCGAUGAAUCAUUGAUUUGUUAUGAUCACAACAAAGGCAUUCUUUGGAGAAAUCAAUAUUUAUGUAGAUCAAAUUUCUGAUUUCAAAGAAAAGGAUGUCGUUUAUAAAAAUAGAAUUUGAAUAAGAAUACAUGCUUUAAAAGUUUAUCCUUGCCAGUGAUCAAAACUCAUUAAAUUAUUUAGAACGAUGUAAAGUAAUGCAUCACCUAAAAAUCUACAAUAAAAUAUCUCCAUGAGCAGUGCAAGUUCAAGUUUUUAGAGAUAACAAUUAAGUUUUAUACGAGUGUAUCUUGUCUUUCUUCCACUCCUCUUCCCCUUCCCCGCAAUAAUGAACAUGACGGCAGGAAAACGUUUUGGAUGUGGAUGUAUGGUAUAUUCUAUUCUCACUCAUACCCACACUUUCCAUCUUGCUGAAAUAAUAUAGAGUUGAUCUAGCAUAAUCUUCUUGCUUCUGAACUUAAAAAAGGCGGAAAGCGUAAUAAAAUAUAUUUCUCCAUUGAUAAUGCUGCCGCGACAAAAAUUAUUCGCACACUGGAUUUUCUAAUGUUACACAAGGAAUGUUGUUUUUUCCGAUUGUAUAAUAGUUGUAUGAGUCCAUGAUGCCUGUUAAAAAAUUUCGCUACCUUGAAAAUACCCUAGAGGAUCAAAAAUAGUUGCAUAUAAAUUUUACUGUGUCUUUCAUCUAUAGGGUGUCGGAAAAAUCAUUGACGAAAAGUUUUUUCAUAUAUCUUUGCUGUUUGAUUUAAUAUUUUGAAUAAAUUUUUUUUAAAAUUAUAGACGCAUAUACCCACAUUUUACUUGAACGAGCGACUUUCGAUACUAUCCUCGAAAACUAUUACCUUUUAUCGAAAUACAAAUAUUUUCCUAUUUUUGUGAGAUGCGACUAGUUCAAUAUUUGAUGAUGCUUUUUUCUUUCAUAUUUUCAUGUGGUUAGAUAGAGUUUGUGGAGUUCUACAAGAUUAUGUACAUCGAAAAUUUGUUACACCUUUUCUUUGAAGCAACACUUACAGAGAACUACUACAGAAAGACUAAAUAAUUAAAAAAAACAGAGACACUGCAUAAUGUUCUACUCGCUCUCACCAAAAUAGCAAAAUUUUUGUAUUUCGAUCAAAGAUAAUAGUUUUGCAGAAUAGUAUCGAAAGUCGCUCGUAUAAAUAAAAACACGGUAUAUUCGUCUAUGAUUUUAAAAAAAUUUGUUGAUAAUAUUAAAUGAAACAUGAAAGAUAUAUGAAAAAACUUUUGGUCAAUGAUUUUCUGGACACCCUGUAGUUGAUAUCAUGAACAUUUCUAUCGUGUUUCAUAUUUCGAUCGUAGAUUUAUAAGUUAAAUGUCAGCAGAUAUUUCAACUUGUUUAUAAUACAGGUUUGAAACCUAUUUUUUGUUAUGCGCUUACUUUGACGAAAUAGAAUGAGUAAUUUUUCUGAUUCAUUAAUAAACAUUUCUAUCGUUUUUCUUCGGCUCAAAUAAAAACAUGUAUAUGUUUAGUUUUAAUUUAUAAACUGUUAAAAAUAUAUUGUGAUUAUUGUAACAUUAGUUUUUCAAAAUCUAUAAAGAUUAUUCAUGUUAAAUUAGUCUAGAUAUUUCGAAUAUUUUUAUUUAGAUAAUUGAAAUCUGAUAUAUCGUCAUUUUUAUGUGGAACCUUCUUUUUCUAUUAGUAUGAGAUAAUGUUUUGUUUUUCACUAUUCAUACCUUUGACUUAAUAUUUAUUCUAUUCGAAUAUAUUUAAACAUAAAAAUGAAAAAUUUCAUUUAUUUUUUUGCAUUUUAAAUCAUUAUAUCGAAUGAAUAAUAUUCAUUAUAUACAUUUUUAUAACUGAGUAUUAUUGUUUAAACAGUUCUUUUAGUUUGUGAUUAUCUUUUUAAAUCAAUAAGUAUUUCAAAAUAUUAAAUACUUCAUUUUAGUUUAUUCGAUGAAUUAAUAAAAAUCUAGUAUGCUGUUAAAUAAGAUUGACGAGCAGAGAAGGGAAAAAUAUUAACAACUUGACAAGGUAAAAUAUUAGUAACAAUGUAUUAUGAUUAUUCAUAUAUUCUUUAGAUGAAAAACAUAAUUACUCAUUGAAACCAAGGAGCAGAACCAAGUUGAAUAUUAUUUCACAGGACAAAACCCAUAGAAAAAAAAAACAGGUUAUUUUCCAAUAAUACUUUCAAAAUAAACGUCAUUGCAUGUAACUAUGUAAACGUCCACAUCAAAUCAACAAAAAACAAGGGAAAGAAAUUUGGAGGCAUGGCUUAUGUUUAUAUCUCUUCACUGACUCAAUACGCGUUCUUUUUGUUACGGUUGAGUAAUGUUUUGUAAUCCCACGUUUUCUCUAUUAUUAUAACAACAAAAAAAUCGUAUAUAAAUGUAUGUAAUAAAUUCAG